AUGCUCGUUCAGAUCUGCGAUUUCGGUUUGGCUAGGAUUGCAGAUCCCGAAUGUGAUCAGUCAGGUGUUCUGACCGAAUACGUUGCCACUCGAUGGUAUCGGGCCCCGGAAAUCAUGCUCACUUCCAAGAUCUAUACAAAAGCAAUUGAUAUUUGGUCCAUCGGUUGCAUAUUGGCCGAGAUGUUGAGUAAUCGUGUACUGUUCCCUGGGAAACAUUAUAUUGAUCAGUUGAAUUUGAUUCUCGAGGUUCUUGGUUCCCCUUGCAAAGAAGAUCUGGAAUCGAUCAGUAAUUACAAGGCUCGAGAUUAUUUGGAACAAUUGCCAUUCAAACCAAAAAUACCCUGGUCACAGCUCUAUCCGUAUGCCAAUCCAAAAGCUGUUGGUCGCGUACGUGCUAUCAUAUUUAUUAGUCUAGAUGGGACUCGAAUCAAAGCGGAUGUGGUCUUGAGAGUUAGUCAGGCUGAUGCACCUGUGACGUGUUUUGUCCCCUUCGAUGCCUUUCGCUUCUAG